AUGGGUAUACUCCCGUCCAUUCUUUCGGCCGCAGCAGCCUGUGCCUUCUUCAACCCUUCUUUUGGCGUCUCAGCGUCCACAACACCCGAUGCGGCAACAGUCAGCGCAGUCUUGAAGGAGCAUCCAACUUGUUGCAAUGCUCUUGCUUUCUUAUUGCCUGGGAAGGUAUCGACUGCAGGUGGAGCGCCCUAUGAAUCAUCCCUUGCCUCCUACUGGUCCUUGCAAGAACAAGCCGUGUCGCCCGCAUGCGUUGUCACUGCUGAGAACCCUACCGAUGUCUCGGCCGCAGUGUUUGUGCUUGACAUUGCAUCCAAAUUAACGCAUGUCGAAGGCUGCAAGUUCGCCGUCAAAAGUGGCGGGCAUACUCCAUUCGCAGGAUCCGCAAGCAUACAAGGUGGUGUCAACAUUGAUUUGACCAAAUUGAACCAAAUUACAGUCUCACGUGACCGGACGUCGGUCAGUAUCGGUCCAGGAAACAGAUGGGAAGCCGUAUACCUAGAGCUCGAUGCCCGAAAUCUGUCCACAUCUGGUGGUCGCGCUUCAACGGUUGGUGUGGGCGGGCUUACUCUUGGAGGUGGCUUUUCCUUUUUCUCUCCAAGAUAUGGACUUGUUUGCGACAACGUGAUCAAUUUCCAGGUUGUUCUUGCCUCUGGUCGGAUUGUGAACGCAAACUUAACGUCAUACCCGGAUUUGUUUGCAGCACUGAAGGGUGGCUCGAGCAAUUUUGGUAUUGUCACCAGCUUUGAUUUGAAGGUGUUCAAACAGGGGAAGUUUUGGGGAGGUUUCGUUGGCCAAGAUAUCGGUACAAGGUUCCUUCAAUUUCAGUAUUUCGAGGAUUUCGCCAGAAACUCGACCUAUGACCCAUAUUCAGCUCUCAUAAAUAGCUAUUCCUAUACUGCGAGCGAAGGCUGGAUUAUCGCGAGCGACUACGAGUACACGAAGCCUGUGGCAUAUCCUGAAGCAUUCAAAAACUUCACAGAUCUUCCUCAAACAUUCAACACGAUGCGCAUUUCCAACCUGACCGACUUCACCAUUGAGAUUGAUGCGAGGAACCCAUCCGGCAGCCGAGAAAUAUUCGUUACUGCCACCUUUAAGAAUAACGCCACGAUGAUGGAGAAAUUCUUUGAUCUAGCCAAUCAGACUGUUCAGGGUAUCUCGGAUGCCACGAAUUUGACGUUUAGUCUGAGUUUCCAGCCAUUGCCACAACUUGUCAUUGGGUAUGGACCUGCCAACGGUGGUAACUCUCUGGGAUUGGGUCCGGAGGACGGCGAUAUCGUGAAUGUUCUUCUCACUAUUCAAUGGGCCGAGGAAGCUGACGAUACGCGUAUCGAUAACGCAGCCCAAAGCCUAUUUUCCCAAGCGGAAGCCGCCUCUAAAACCAUGGGUACCUAUAACCCAUACCUAUAUCUAAAUUACGCCGCAUAUUUUCAAAACCCGAUAGCUGGGUAUGGGAAUGCGAGUCAGGCGAAGCUAGAAAGGGUGAGCAAGAAGUAUGAUCCAGGCCAAUUAUUCCAGAAGCAACUUCCUGGAGGCUUUAAGCUUCAGCAAAAAGGGCAAGACUAA